GGGGGGAGAAUCUCUUGAAAGGGCGCAGGAACUGCAACGCAAAAUAAUAGCCAUGCUACAUAGCGGUACAUUUGAACUUCGCAAAUGGGCGGCCAACAAUCCGAAGCUGCUCGAAAACAUUCCAACAGAACACAAGGCAACACAUGGUGUGUUGCACCUCAACGCAAAGGAAACCAUAAAACUUUGGGCCUAUCAUGAAACCCAGCGACUGACAAUUUCGAAUUCAAUCUAUAUUUUAAAAUUCCAAGGGUGCCGCCACAAAACGGAGCAUUUUGUCAACUACAGCGCGUUUAUUCGAUCCGCUCGGCUGGUUUAA